AUGAGCGCCACCGGCAACCAGCCGACGGCUACGCCAGGCACCCAGAGCGAACAGUCCCUACCGGCUCAGGUCUCCUCGCCGGUGCAAGCGGCGAAACGGCCGAAAACACUUAGUGUCGGAGGGUUUACAGGGGAGGGAGCGAUGGUGGUCGAGCAAACCAAUAUCCUGGAGAACCUUGAGAAGGAAACAAACACCUCCCGGCCAUCGACACUAUUGAUAGAUGCGAUGCCUGUGAUAGCUGGGAACGCAGCGACAACCACCGCGCCGGAGGGGCUGGCAAGCCAGCCGCUCUCUUCUAAGGAUACGGCGAUCGUAGCUCAGAAUGGAGGAUCAGAUGAGGAUGCGGGAAAGGCUGAGGGAGAGAUGAUCGAUAGCGAUGGUGAGGGUGAACCGGACUGCCCUAAUGUGAAAUUCCAUAGGGCUUCACCAAGAGGUGGCGCCAAAGAUGGAGACUUGCCCUCGUCGUCCGCGUCCUAG